AUGGCCAAGGUUUCGUCCACAAGUGACGUCAUCCUCUACUUCCUUGCCAUCUUCAUUCCACCAGCUGCCGUCUUCUUCAAGCGCGGCCUGAAGGCAGACUUUUGGAUCAACAUCCUUCUAUGGAUCUUGGGUUGGAUCCCGGGCGUGCUCCACGCUUGGUACAUCAUCUCGAAGAGUGAAGGCGCAAUGUGA